AUGGAUCGGUAUCGCUUGGAAGAACUAUGGUCGAAAAAAGAAGAAAGAAAACAGAAAAAAACUGAAAUAGAAACUAAGUCUGAGACAAGAAAGAAUCUGAAGAGUAAUAUUACUAAAAAAGCCACUAAGAAGCAAAGUGCAAAUGCAAGGGAGCAAAGCAAAGUGAACCCAAAAGGAAAGAAAAAAACAGCCCACAUAGUUAAUAAAAGAAUUCUUCAGGUGAAAAAUAACAAUAGCAGCAGUUCAGAUUCUGAUGUAGAGAUGACUGACUUGCGUAAGGAUGAUGACACAGAUAUUGAAGAAAAUUACGAUUUGGAAAACAAGUGUGUUCUAUGCGAUGAUUACGGGAGAAACAAUGAGCUCUGGUACAGAUGUGUUAUUUGUGGGUUGUGGGCACAUGCUGAAUGUACGGGUAGUGACACACCUGAAAAUUACAUGUGUGAUAUAUGUGUCAGAAAGCCUGACCGGGCUUAG